AUGAGUCAGAAUUUGACAAACCGAGCGGUCAAGCUGCCAGUCGACAAAAUGGAUUCUGACCUUGGCCCUGAUGAUAUGAAACGCGUGUCACAAUUUUUCAUUUCCGACAAAAUGUGGAGGCAUCACCAUGCAGAACUAAGUCAUAUCACGCGCAAGCAUGAGACGAUCCAGUGCCUAUCAGAUCUCCCCUACAUCGCUGUCCUUCUCGACCUCAAUGUGGUCCUGGACCCCCGAAUUUUUAUAGUGUUUUUGCCGACGAAGUCCCAUACACCACAAGCCGGUUUGAGCAUCUCAGAUGGCACUAAAAGAUAUCUACUGAUUUUACAUUCGUUGUGGUUGACACAGCGUAAAACAGUCCAAUCGCUAUUCAAGCUCGAAAUCUCAAUUAAUAAGUACCGCAUCCAAGCAGAAGACAUGAUCCAAGAUAUGCUGUCGGAAGCUCCCAUGUUACCAUCGGUCGAUGCUGUCCAAUUGUAA